AUGGCCCCGCUCACCGCCCAGCUCUCGCCGCUGCGCUUCGCCAACGGCUCCGCGGCCUACACCUCGCCCGCGGGCCACCGCGUGCUGGCCGCCGUCAACGGGCCCGUCGACCCCGCGCGGCGCGACACGCUCAAGCCCGACGAGGCCACGCUCGACAUCCUGGUCAAGCCCGCGGCGGGCGCCAGCUCCGUGGGCGAGCGCUACGCCGAGAGCAUCAUCCGCGGCCUGCUGGCGCGCGUGGUGCUGCUGCGCGACCCCGCCCUGGCCCGCCGCGCCGUCGUCGUGACGCUCGUCGUCGAGGCCAACCCGGCAGCUCCGGGCCGCGUCGACCUCCGCGGCGCGUCGUACCUGCCCGUCCUGCCGGCGCUGCUGCACGCGGCGCUGCUCGCGCUCGUGUCCGCCGCGGUGCCCAUGUCGAUGAUGUACAGCGCGGUGCUGGUGGCCGUGGACGACCCCGCCGGCGACGGUGGCAGCGUGCGGCCGGACCCGACCCCCGCAGCCACGCAGGCGGCGGCGUCGCUGCACGUGCUGGCGUUCUCGUCGCAGGGCCACCUGCUGCUCAGCGAGAGCCACGGGGCGUGCGACUGGCCGACGUGGGAGCGCGUGCACGACUGCGCGCAGGCCGUCUGCCGCGGCGGGCCGGCGGGCGGCGGCGUGGAGGGCUGUCUGCGCGAGGCGGCCGAGCAGCACGCCCGCCACGCGCUGUCGUGGACGCUGGCCACGCCGUGA